AUGGCGACAGCCUGCUACCUCGCCGCUCACGGCGGUCACUUUCCCAUGGUACACGCAGAGCCGACGAAACCUGCCCGCUCUGCACGUACAGAUUCCCUGCUCGGCGUACAACACCAAGCACCGCAUGUACCUCCAGCAGCAGCAGCAGCAGCAGCAGCAGCGGCGGCGGCGACAAAGCCCGCACGCGCCGACAGCGUUGUAUCCCACACGCCGCAACGGAUGAAGGCGCAGGAACGAUGCAUUUUCUUCCGGCUCCCCGCCGAACUGCGCAACGCAAUCUACGAAUCUCUCCUCUGCGCCAACACGCCCUCGAGCCUGCAGAGCCUCGCGAGCAGCGCGCGCCUGCCUGUGCCGGGACGCACCCACCCAGCGAUUCUAGCGACGUGCAAGCGCAUCCACGCCGAAGCCGUGGACCUCUUGUACGCGACGCACGUCUUCCACGCGCACGCCUCGCUGCUGACCGCACUGCCGCAUCUCACGACGAGUGCGAAUCCGGUGCUCAGCCCUCGUGCGCUGCGCAGAAUCUCCCGCUGGCAGCUGACGCUGCGGUUGGAUACGGAUCCGCGCUUCACGGCUGCGCAGGCCACUGCUGCCUUCUCCGGUGUCGACUUCUUCGAGCUGAGGGUCUGGCAGAGCAUGUUUGAUGAGUGUAGUGCCGGUAUGCUGAAGCUGUUCACCGGGGUUAGGGGGGUCAGGGUUUGCCGUGUUAGGGGGAGUGUCAAGGAGGGGCUUGCGAGGUGGUUGGAGGCAAGGAUGAUGAGGCCGCUUGUUGAGGAGGGGGGGGGAGGGGGAGGGGGAGUGGUGUCGUUGUCAGGGCGAGAGGUGUCUGAGGUGCGAGGGGUGUGGUGGGAGGGUUAG